CUUGGUAACAUAACAAUAAAAUACGUUUAGGAUAUAAUAAGUGGCGGUAAGCAGUGUACUAUCAUGUAUUUUUCAACCAUUUAAAUUGUAUUAAUUAACACAGUUCAGCCGAAUUAUUUGACUACACAAAACUACAGUUUAGUAAAUAUAAAACCGUAUAAUACAAUGUAAUCCAUACGUAAAUAACCGUGUAAUUAAAUUCUUAUUUUUAAAUACUAAAUGACGUAUAAUUACUUUUCUUGAGAAAAGCUUGCAACUUAUGUCUACUAUAAUCGUAGGCGAGAGCACGAGUGCAGCAGACCGUUCAUACGCAUCUACUAAUGCAUAAUCUUUUCUGGCGCUAGUUAAAGAUUAAGGGAGUUAUUUGUAUUACUAUAUCUCAACAUGUACGAUAGGCGUCCUUGCGCAAUUCAAAAACGAACGCAUGCGCCGAAGGGACACUGGGUGGUUCUGCUUUGAAAAGGACCGCUGAGUUUAUGAGUGUGUUGCUAUUCAGUCACGUUGCCACGAUGGUCUCGGCUACCCCUGUGUCGAUCAAAAAGCCAAAUCGAAUAAAACGUUAUUUUAACGUCGACUAUCACUUAUUGAUAUGUUGUUCACUGGCGAUUGCCGUGUACGCGAAUACUCUGAAUGCUGGUUUCGUGUACGACGACAAUCGAGCAAUAAUAGCGAAUGAAGACAUAAGACCGUCGACCCCGGGCUCGAACCUUUGGUGGAAUGACUUUUGGGGCACGCCGAUGGGUACUGGAAAUUCACAUGGUUCGUACAGACCGAUCACCGUUUUGACGUACAGAUUCAAUUACAGGUUUUCGGGGCUGAAGGCUACGUCGUACCACGCUACGAACGUAGCACUGCACGGACUGGCCACGGGCCUGGUGCUGUCCGUCGCCCGGACCGUGACGAGCCGGCGGGGAGCACUGCUGUCCGCCGCCCUGUUCGCUGUGCACCCGGUGCACGCGGACGCCGUGGCCUCGGUGGUCGGCCGAGCUGACGUGCUGUCGUGCGUCUUCUUCCUGCUGUCGUUCCUGUGCUACGGCCGGCACGUGCGAGCCAGGGACGGCCAUCGGCACCGUGGCCAACAACAGCAUGGGCUCAGCGGUCGGCGGCCGCAACCGAGCUGCAGCAAGAACGGUGACGGCCGUCCUGCGACCGCUUACCUGGUGUUCUGCGUGCUGUUCGCGCUCCUGUCCAUGCUGUCCAAGGAGAACGGCAUAUCCGUCAUGGCCGUGUGCAUCGGAUACGAACUCAUGCUGCGGCUCAGAUCCAUCAAGAGGUGGAACAAGGUAACUGUUUACCAGGACUACAAGAGAACUCUGAAAGUGUUGGUUACCAGCACCGCGGUUAUGGUGGCCGGCCGGCUGUGCGUCAUGUCGGGCACGGUGCCGUCAUUCGCGGCUUCAGACAACCCAGCGGCCAAGCACCCGGACCCAACUGUUAGGGCGCUGACGUUCUUGCACUUGCCCGUGGUCAGCGCCCGGCUGCUGGUGUGGCCGCAAGUGCUCAGCUACGAUUGGUCGAUGGACGCUGUGCCGCGGAUCGAGUCGGCGGCCGACCCCCGAAACGUGGCCACGGUGCUGUUCUACGCGGCUCUGGCGGCCGUCGCCCGAGCUUCCGUCCGGCGGAAACGGGCCGCCGUGGCCGUGGCCGCCGCCGUGUCCGUCGCCUCGUACGUGCCCGCAUCCAACGCCCUGUUCUACGUCGGUUUCGUGGUGGCCGAGCGCGUGCUGUACAUACCGAGUGUCGGUUACUGCUUGCUAGUCGGGUGCUCGGCCACCGCGCUGGCCAAGGCCACCAGUGGACGCCGGUCGGCCAUUGUGUACGCCCUAUACGCUGCCACGGUGGCCACCUACGGUCUGCGGACAGUGCUCAGGAACCGCGACUGGCGCGACGAAGAGUCCCUCUACCGGUCCGGCAUCCAAGUCAACCCGCCAAAAUCCUAUGGCAAUCUUGGUUCGAUACUCAGCUCUCAAGGCAGAACAAACGAAGCAGAAAUGGCAUACCGAUCGGCACUCAAACACCGGCCCAACAUGGCUGACGUACAUUACAACCUUGGAAAUCUGUUACGGAACAACAAAAAUUAUGACGAAGCAAUUUUGAGCUACAGGUCGGCGAUCAAUUUCAGACCUACAUUAGCGUUGGCGUAUCUGAGCCUGGGCGAUUGUUUGGCAGCUACUAAUCGGUACACCGAAGCCGAAGCAGUGUUGAACAAGUGCCUUUGUCUGGACGGUUCCAGAGUGAAAGACAUUAGGUCACACGUGACCGCUAAAAAGUCGUGCGUGCUUCGAUUGGGCAGAAUGUUUGCGGCGAUCGGAAAACACCAGGACGCAGUAAAAGUGUUCAAAUCAGCCAUCAAAUCUGACGGAUAUUCGUCGCAGACAAUGCUGUACGCCUUGGCAGACUCCCUCUCGGCGCUUGGCAGAGACGCGGAAGCCGAGCUCUACUACAGACAACUGCUCCGGGUCAACCCCACAGACGUGUCCGCCUUCCUGACGUACGGCGAUCUCUUGGCCAAAAACCGUUCGAGAGUGUCCGAGGCGGAAGAAUGGUACGGCAAAGCUCACCGGACGGCGCCGGACGACCCGGUGGUGCGGACCAGGUACGCUGAUUUCCUGUCUUCCGUGGGCAGGCUAGACGAUGCGGUGGAACAGUACGAGGCGGCUGCGGCCCUGGCUUCCGGUGACCACGAGAUCGUGGUCAAGACGGCCACGACGCUUCGCAAGAUCGGCCGGACGUCCGACUCGGAAAAGUACUACAGGAGGGCUGUGCGACUUUACCCACAGGACGCCGCGAGUCACAGCAACCUCGGAGCCAUACUUCACAUCAACAACAAGUUGGACGAGGCAGAACGGUCGUACAAGAACGCGCUCCGACUGCAACCGGACGACGCGACCACGUUGGCCAAUCUCCAGAAACUCAGAAACGUCCAUCACCAUCGGCAUACGGUCAAAUGAUCGAUAUCUCCGAACAGUCAAAUGAUCGAUGUCCCCGAUCUGUCAAAUUAUAUAGGUACAAUGUACAUAAACGUGAUUAAUAUACCGUGGUUAUCCGCGUGGUCAUCGUAUCGAAGCCAAUUUCCUACAAUAUUAUAAUAAUAUAUCUUUUAUUACCUAUUCGUUUUGUUGUUUUCCAUUAUAUACACUUAUACUUUUUUUUUCGUAAUUUUUUUGUUUUGUAACAAUAUUUUAUGAUGUUAAGUCUUUCUUUGAGUUCUUAUUUUUUUCCAAAACAAUACUCGUUGACA